UCCCGCUGCGGGUCACAUGAGCGCCGGGCCCCCGCCCACGGCUGCCUUAGGCUAGGAGAGCGGCGGUGACUGGGCUGCUGUCUGCUGAGCCCGUGCCGACGCCGCUGCUGGGGAGCGGGCGGAGCGCGGGAGCCGCCGCUGUUGGUGUGGAUUUUUAUCUUCUGUUUUGAGGAUGACACCAAAACACGAAAAACAGGAAUUUGUAACUGUCCUGGUACGGGACCCUAGGAUACAGAAGGAAGACUCUUGGCAUUCACAUAUAGACUAUGAGAUAUUCAUUCAUACAAAUAGCAUGUGCUUUACAAGGAAAACAUCUUGCGUUAGACGACGCUUUCGAGAAUUUGUAUGGCUGCGGCAGAGACUUCAGAAGAAUGCUGUGCUACUCCAAUUACCUGAACUUCCAUCUAAAACUCCCUUUUUUAAUAUGAAUAAUCCCCAUCAUGUGGACCAUCGUCGACAGGGCCUACAAGAAUUUCUUGAGAAGAUCCUACAAAAUGCAUUAUUGCUUUCGGACAGUAGACUUCACCUCUUCUUACAGACUCAGCUAAGUCCAGAAGAUAUUGAGGCUUGUGUAUCUGGACAGACAAAAUAUUCUGUUGCUGAUGCGAUUCAUAAGUUUGCCUCUUUGAAACGACGUUUUCCUAUUGAAGAUGAAGAGAGAAAAAGAGAAAAAAAUGAGGCAGAUUCUGAUUCAGAGAGUUCAUCCUCCGGGCUUGGACACAGUAGUGAUGACAGCAUUUCACAUGGAUGUAAAGCAAGCACAGUCUCUGAAGAAUCCUGAAAAAUCACUUGUAUAUUGCCAUCCUAAGACUCGCAAAAUAUUUUUUUCUCUCAAUUUUCAGACCAUAGCUUUGAAACUGUUUCUUUGUUUGUUGCUUUUAUUAAAUUGCACUGAUUUAUUUUUACAUGUUGCCUAUUACAUUUAGGUUUAUGCAGCCAUUAAAAUCUUGACAAAUAUUGGGCUAGUGGUGCUCUAUUGCCAAGUAUGGCUGAUAAAAUAUUUCCCUGGGUGACUAUGUAUUUUAGAUCUUAAAAAAUAAAGGUAUUUUACAUUAGUUUAAAAGUGAUGUAUCAAAUGAAAAUCUACUCAAAGCAAUUUUGUGUACUUUAUACCAGAGAAGUUUCACUCUAACCAGUUGUGUGACAUUGGUAAUGAAGUUAUAUAGACCAGAGGGUAUUAACUUUUAAAAAUAGCAUGGUGACUUAAGGAAAACAGAAUCUGUACUAUUUGUUGCUGACAAUUGGAGAUAUAGACUAUCUUUCCUCAGCCUUUCUCCAAUGUUUAUGGGAAAACUUGCUCUUAUCAUGCACAAGAGCCAGAGGCCAACAUUUUCAAACAUAGAUGCCUAAAGUUAGGCACAUAAAUGUGACAUGAUUUCAAGGGGUGCUGAAAACCUUCAGCUCUCAUGGAAGGUAGUGGGAAUUAUGGUUGCUCCCUCCCUAUGAAAAUCAUGUGUAAAAUCUGGCCCCACUGAAGUCAAUGGGCAUUUUGCACUGACUUCGACAGGGCCAACAUUUCACUCUAGGUAUCUAACUUUAGGGACCUACGUUUGAAAAUGUUAGCUAAGUGUUCUAGGUUAACAUUUUAAAUGAAGUGAAACUGUCUUUCCGAAAGGAUGAUAGUCACAUAGAUAUAACACGUUGUUCGAAUAUAGAAUUCUAAGCUGUUAGGUACAAACUGAAAUAACUGGAGUUUUUAAUUUCACUUUUACUGUAGUAAACACAUUGAAAUACUGACUUUUUCACAAAUGGCAGGCUUGAACACAACUUUUUAACCACAAACAUUUGUUAUAAUCUACUUUUGCUCUUUAUAGCAGCAACUAUGAGUUAACUUGUCCCAGAGCCUGUCAAUAGAAAAUGUUUCAAUGUUUAUUUAUAUUUGACAUUUAACUGCUAUUAAAGACAAGGCAGUGGGUCUGAUCCUGUUCCCAUUGAAAUAAUGGCAAAACUCCUCUGGAUUUCAGUGCUGCAAGUUCAGGUCCAGUAUGGAUUUUGUCUCUGACAAAGAUACAGUAGUUAGUAUCUUUUAACCUGUGAAUUACACAGAAACAAUAUAUAAUUAAUUGGCCAGCUAAUAAAAGUUAGUGUGGAUAUGUUUUUAAAGCAUCCAGCUGGGAACCUGUUUAGUUUUAGAAAGGUGUCUCUUAAGAGCUUGAGGAUAACAUCUCAUCUUUUAGGUAAUUACUUUGAACCAGUUUUCUCAUCAUGGUAGCACUUUCAUAAGAUAAAUAUCAUCUGUUUCUUUUGCUCAGUUUUGUUGAAUUGCACAAAUAUAUCUAGUCACCAUCUCUGCUUGUGUGUAGAAGGGUCAACAAAAUAUUUUGAUAUAACAGCACUUUAAUUAAUAACAUUAAUUAAAGCAACAAGUUAUCAUGGCAAGAUAGCUUCUAUUGCAAAGUGCAGACUUUUUUUUUUCUUUUUGGAAGAUGUUGCCUCAUUGAUAGACUUAUUAUUUAGCGCAAAGCUGCCCAUAACAUCAGCGAAGAAAUCUUGAAAUGAACAAAAACUGAGAACUAGAAUAAUUUUUUAGAGAAGGAAAUUAAUUAUCAUUUUGUUUACCAUACUAUUGGUUUUUUUUGUGUUGUUUAAUGUUGAGCUAGAUCAUUGAAUGCACUUUACACUUGUUAUUAACUUUAUCACACUCUUCACAAGUUAGAUCUGUGCUCUAAAAUCUGUUCCAUUACCUUCUUCCUAUCCUGCAUGGAAAUUUAUUUAAAAUGUUACUGUUUUGAGUUCUCUGUAUACCUAGUAUUAGUGAAAACGUUCAUGUUAAAUGAUAAUGAAGAAUAUUCUGUUCUAGGGUUAAUUUACCAAGAAAAAACAAUUGUAAAUGUUUUAGGAUAUGUUUUUUAUUUUGUGAAAUUUAAAUAUAAAACUUCUUAAAAUUUUU